AUGUCCACACCUUGGAAGAGCUGUUUUCGAGACGGUCUAUUGGAGGGGAAAGUGGCGCUGGUAACAGGUGGAGGGACGGGCAUCGGUCUUUCGAUUGCGACCGAACUAGCUAGUCUGGGUGCGAUCGUUGUGAUUGCCUCACGUAAUCGUCAAACUUGCCAAGAAGCCGCAGACCGGAUGAACGCAACUCAGGUAUCGGGAAAGAUUGUUGCGGGGCCUUCGACCAGCAUUCGCAAAGAGGAUGAGGUUCGCAACUUGAUAGCUUGGGUUUUGGAAAGCUUUGAUGCUUUACAUCUGCUGGUCAACAACGCUGGCGGGCAAUUCAUUUCCGCUGCCGAAGACAUUUCGAAGGGAGGGUUUUCGGCUGUCGUCGAAACUAAUUUGACAGGCACAUUCCUGGUGUGCCGAGAAGCGUUCACGCAAUAUAUGGAUAAACACGGAGGAGCCAUUGUCAAUAUUACCCUCGGAAACCGGAACGGCAUGCCAAUGAUGAGCCACUCGGGUGCAUCUCGGGCCGGCGUAGAAAAUUUAACCGCGACUCUAAGUACUGAAUGGAUGGAAUCGAAUGUGAGAGUCAAUUGUGUAAGACCGGGAAUUAUUUGGACGGAGAGCGGCUUUGAAAACUACGGACCAGCGGGAGAAAUGUUUGUGGAACGAUUGUUACCCGCCAUGCCGGCCAGGCGUUUUGGAUCGCCCGAGGAAGUGUCGUCGGCCGUCGUUUGGCUGCUCAGCGAAGGUGCUUCCUACGUAACGGGGACAGUACUGAAUGUGGACGGUGCCAGUGCCUAUACCUUGCUGCCGUUGCGAGACAUCGAAGACAAGGAGCAUUUGCCGUUUUAUGGAACGCUUCCAAGAAAAGCAAGGUUGUAA